UAUCUCUUUCUUGUUGGUCUUUUUUUUUUUCGUUCCUACUUUCUUUUGAAUUCGUUAUUGCUUUCCCCCAAUCGUCUCUCCAUCCCUUCUAUUUAAUCGUGCUUCAUAAUAUGUAAUCUCUUUGUUUUGUUUUAAAUUGUUGUAUUCGCACCUUCCCCCUCUUUUCGAUCUCUCUCUCUCUCUCUUUCUCUCUGUCUCUCUCAAUCUAUAUUUUUCUACCCACCCUCUAUAUAUUUCUUUACCUGUCCUUCUGGUGUCACUUUAAUGAUGAGUGAUGGUGCGAGAACGGAUCUAUUAUUGAAUUAGUAGAUAUUAAUGUUCGUGCCUUUCCAUCACCCCGCGUCCCAGCCUUAGAAAUAUCAAUAAAUCAAAUAACGCUGAAAAAUCAGUAAUUCUUCCAAUCAAUAUUCAUAACGCAUAUAAUCCGGUGGCGCGAUCCUGAAGGUAAACAUAGCCAUUUAUAUCGUAAUCGAGAAAAGGAUGGUGUAAAGUGAUUAAAUAAAACCCUCUGAUCUUCCUCCCGGUUAUAAAACCGUGAAACAUCGAAGCAUUUGACAUCACAACGAUUGAGCCCUUCAACGUCUUAUACAGCAUUUCUCUCAGGACAGAUACGUCACUAUGCUUUGGGGAACAAUCACCGUCGCGGUUGUGCUGUUGGCGAACUGUGACAUCGCCCUCUCUCGAACGGAAACUGUCAACAAAGAAGCGGCCUCGGCACUCUUCUCUUUGGUGGAAUCGUGCGGAGCUUACAACUGCCCCGCUGACUGGCCCAACCGAAUCCUAAGUCUAGGUCAGACGUCAUGCUACAUCUACUCACCCAAAAAGGCCUCAUGGGCCAAGGCUAAGGAAGAGUGCCAGGCUCUUGGGGGACAUCUGGUCCAGUUCGACUCUGAGAGCGAGCUCGAAGUUGUCCGCAGCUUCCUGACUGCGCACUACAACUUCGCCGCCUCGGGGUCGCUCUCGUGGAUGUGGACCGGUCUGAAUGACCAGGCGGAGGAAGGGACGUACCGCUGGACCGAUGUCGAUGGUCUAGUCCUCGCCGAUAACACCAUGUGGGACCAGGACCAGCCUGACGAUGACCAUCGUUUGACCAACAUGUGGAGCGGCGAAGACUGUGUCUUGUUCAAUGGGGUCAAGAUGAAUGACGAAGUAUGUGGUGAUAGUUAUCCCUACAUCUGUGAACACAACCCAUCCACAUCACCUGACACUCCCGUAUAAAUCACGUGUGCAAAUCAUAUAACCUCUGACCUUUUGAAUAAUUCAUUGAUGAUACAGUUAUAAUCAGCAAUUAUUCUCACCCAUCUUGUAAUUUCACAAGAUAACCGUUUUAUCUGCCUUUCUAUGUAUCAGGUUCAAUAGCGCACCUUUCAUUUAUCGCUUUAGUAAUUUUGUACUAUUGCCCGAAACAGCCCCUUUGCAUUUUCGCUAAAAAUGGCCCUUCCUGCUAUCUUCCAAUUUGGCCCCUUUUCACUAUUGGCCCAAAUAUCUGUUUUGAACUAUUGUCUGAAGUAGCCCUUUGUCACUAUCGCCCAUAAAAGCCCUUUCCCAUGCACUGUUGGUCCAAAUUAACCUUUUCCAUAUAAUGCCUGAAUAGUAGUUUUGUGCUAUUGCAUGUCAAGUCUCGAUGAUGGAAAAGGUAUUCUUCUUCGUGAUGUAUAAUCUAAUUAUUUGGCUUUGUCAUUUUGUCUUUAAACUAGUUGAUUGAAAAUCAAAGCUACGUUACCGACACUAUUGCAUGUUUCAUCAAAUAAUUAUAUUAGGUUAUUAUAUUAAUUAGUGCUUCGAUAAGACCAAAUGUGUAGGACGAUAUCAUUUUUGAUGCCGAGAUUUAUGUUGAGAACUUCAUAAAGCUCAUACGAUACAAAAUGACAAAUUACCUUAACAAAUAUGGAAAGUUAUAAUCAUUGAUAUUGAUGAUGAUGAUAAUAAUAAACG